CCUAAACCCCAAACCCUAUCCUUCUCCGUCUUCUUCCUCUCCUCUCCCAAACAACAGCGGCAGCCGGCGGCAGCGGCAGCCCUUUAUUCUCCGGAAUAGGAUCGGCUUCUUCACCAGGAUCAGGAUGGGUAAGUCUUCGAAGAGAUCCAGAGACAUGGAUGAGGACGAAAGCAGUCAAGAGGAAGUUGAGAGUGAUUAUCUAGAAGAGAUGAUGGAUGGAGAGGAGGGAGGCAGCGAUGACUAUGGGAAUAGCCAAGAGGAAGCUGAUAGUGAUCAUCUAGAAUAUAUGGAGGAGGGAGAGGGGGAUGGAAGAGAUGAUGAGCAGCAAAAUGCAGAGAUGGAGGAGCUUGAGAGGCAAUAUCAACAUCUUCAGCAUGAGGAGCAAGACCAUUUGAAGAAUUUGAAACGCCAUAAAGAUGAAGAUGCUUUGAAAGGUCAAGCAAUAAAAAAUCAGAAGGCAUUGUGGGACAAGACAUUGGAAUUCAGAUUCUUGCUCCAGAAAGUAUUUUCAACUUCAAAUAAAUUACCGCAGGAAUCUAUUAGGUCCUCAUUUUGCAUUCCGGGCACAGAGGUUGAUCAAGCAUAUUCAGACUUGAUAUCAUCAUCUAAGCAGACACUAAAUUGUAUGCUGGAGCUGCAGGAGGUUUUGCUUGAGAAUAACCCAUCCAUCACUCAAGAUGACAGUAGAAAAGAAUCUGGCAAGCAUGAAGUUUUAUCCACUAAUUUAGAGGGAGACGGUGAUGAAGAUUGGUUACAGAUCCAUGAAAUGCAUUCCAGAAUAGCACCAUUCCGUAAUAUCUCAGUUGACAAAUGGCAGAGGAAGACACAGGUUACAACUGGCGCUGCUGCUUUCAAAGGCAAAUUGCAAGCCUUUAAUCAGAAUAUUAGUGAACAAGUAGCUGGUUACCUGAGGGAUCCAGAUAAGAUGAUUAAAAGGAUGCAGUUAAAAGCAUCAUCAGUUGGUGUAUUUGGAAAGGUUUCAGAGUCUGACGGAACAAGCAAAGAGGAUACAAACACAGACGGAGAUCCUGAAUUGAUUGAUGACUCUGAGUUUUAUCAACAGCUUCUCAAAGAAUUCUUGGAGUCAUGUGAUCCUACCUCAUCAGAGGCAGCAUUUUAUGCUUUGAGAAAGAUGCAAACUAAGAAGCGAAAGAUGGUUGAUCGCCGAGCUUCAAAGAGUCGCAAGAUAAGAUACAAUGUUCAUGAAAAGAUUGCCAAUUUUAUGGCUCCGGUGCCGAUGGUUCUUCCGGCGAUGGCCCCAAAAUUGUUUGAGAAUUUGUUUGGCCUGGGAAAUCGCAAGUCCACCUCUGCUGCAUAAAUCAACUUUUGUUUUGCAGUUUUUCUGACAGAAUGCAGCAAUUAUCGACAAAAACACAACAGCUCCGAUCAUAUCUCACCAAGACACAAAAUUGACUGAGCUUCAACAUUUGAACCAUAUUUAUGGAUGCAAAAUACACCAAUGAUGCCCUUUUCGUUCAUUCUGUUACUUUGUAAACAUUCUAUUGAUGUAAUAGUGAUGUUGUGUCGCAAUGGUAAUUUAAUUCAUUUGUUAUCUUA